UMCUCUUUCUUUCCUCUUUGAACCCAUUGUGGAGGUUCCACGUAUUCAUCCAUUAGAAUCUUUUUCCAUCUCAGGAUGAAUCGUGUAUCUCAAACUCCGGCCAUGUUGGCUGCUUUCCUCUUACUUAGUUUGACUCUGGUGAACGCCGAUGUCGACACAAGUCUUAUUUUUAGCAAGGUUUCUCGUAAGAUAGACCUUACUUCUCAACUUGCUAAAGUUUCGACCAGCAUCACCUUAGAAAAUACCGGAGACAAAGCAAUCGGAUUUUUCUACCAUGCCAUGGAACCUUCACUGGUUGACAAAGUAGCAUUUAUUUCAGCUGUGGCUAAGCCAGAGACUGAAGACCAAGAUGUUCCCUUAGUCGUUAAAGAAAAGUCCCUUCCCUCUCACAAAGAUAUCAAGGUCUAUAGAGUAAAUCUACCUAUUCAGCUAGGGCCUGGUAAAACAAUAGAUGUCUCAGUAGAAGAGGUGUUCUCUCAUACAAUGAAACCUUAUCCAUCCAAAGUUGGCCAGUCAGAAAAACAGCAAGUGCUUUUCAACGGCAACCAUUAUGUUUUCUCUGUUUAUGAAUCCAAGACGCAGACUACUACAGUCUCACUUGCAUCAUCUGUGAUUGAGUCAUACAGCAAGCUCAAACCAACUAGCCAAUCAGAUAGUACUAUUACCUAUGGACCUUAUAGCAAUGUCGAGGCACUUAAACAAGACUCUAUGAAAAUUCACUUUGAAAACAAUGCACCAUUCUUAACAGUCAUGAGUAUGGAGCGUGUUGUUGAAGUAUCUCACUGGGGUAACAUUGCUGUUGAAGAAAAUUUCCACAUACGUCACUUAGGAGCUGAACUUAAGGGAUCAUUCUCAAGGUAUGACUACCAGAGAACACCAGCACCAACGUCCAUUAAGUCAUUUAAGGCCCUYCUACCAGCCGCAGCUACGGAUGUGUACUACCGUGAUGAAAUUGGUAACAUUUCUACCAGCAACAUGCUAGUGAAUGAGGACUCUGUUGAGCUUGAGCUUAAACCCAGGUUUCCUUUAUUUGGUGGAUGGCAGACUYGUUACUACAUGGGCUAUAAUGUACCAAGCUAUGAAUAUCUUUAUAAUCAAGGUAAUAACUAUGUCUUGAAGAUGAGGUUUAUUGACCAUGUCUUUGAUGAUUUUGUCAUUGAUGAUCUUAGCAUCAAGGUUAUUCUACCUGAGGGAAGCAAGAACAUUAAGCUGAAGACACCUUUUCCUGUACAAGAGGGCAAGCGUGAACUGCAUCAUACAUACCUCGACACUGUUGGAAGACCUGUAGUUGUUGCACAAAAGAAGAACAUUGUAGAACAGCAUAUCCAGGAAUUUGAGAUUCACUACACUUUCAACAAGGUCAUGCUCCUUCAGGAACCUCUCUUGGUUGUUGGUGCUUUCUACCUCCUGUUUCUCCUUGUCAUUAUAUAUGUGCGCAUGGACUUCUCCAUCAGCAAGGAUGAGGCAAGUGAAUCCAGAAUGCGCGCCGCUGGCCUAGUAGAAGAAGUGCUGCGUCUUUUGGACAGGAGAGGUGGGUUGUACAAUGUGUACAUGGAUGCCAUCAGCAAGUUCAAGUCAAGUAAAGAUGGCACCUCCUUUGCCAACGCUCGUAAGAAGCUGGAUGCUGACUACCGUGCUAUUGGAAACCAGAUAUCUCAGUUCCAGACUGGAUUAGCUAAAGAACAGUCUGAAGCAGUUGAGAAGAUAACUGAAAUCCAGCGCAAGGAGCAUGAGCGCAAACAGCUGUUAGACCAAGCCAUUGUAAUGGCAGAAAAGGUAGUGAAUGGACGUUUGAACAAGCAGACCUAUGUGGAUAAUGAGAACACCAACAAGACAAAACGCCAGAAGUUGUCCUCUGAAAUUGAUGCCAUUGCUGACACUCUUUGACCAACACAAUGAACCAUCACAUCCUCACUAAUAAUAUUGCAUGUAGCACCAUCUAGAUUAUUGUUACAAUUAAGAAAAAUGCCUUUUUUGAAUUAAAAAUAAGAUAUCAUCUUUA